AUGCGUCUCCAAGCCCCCGAGACCAGCGGCUCCCCCUCCAUCUUCAAUCUCCAGGAACAGGCCCUCGCCGAAGCCCUUACCCACCCCAAUGGCGUGAAAACCCCCCUCGACAAGAUCAGCCCCGUCUUCCCCUUCAGCGCGGCCCAGGACGUCUCCCAGGUCUCUGGCACAGCCUACACCACCGCACAAACCCUCGUCCAGCAAGUCGCCUACACACUCUCUGACAAGCUCUUCUCCUACUCCCCGGCCACCUUCGACCUCGACGCCGCCGCCAAGUCAUGGUCCGCUGCCUCCCAGCCCAACGGCCACGGUGCCGUCACCUCCGUCAACGCAAUGGAGACCCGUCUCGGUGCCGCCAACGUCCUGCUCGGAUACGUCUUCUCGCCCGACGCAAGCCCAGAGAAGAAGGCCGUUGCAAAGUCAAUUCUUGCAUCAACCGCCUCUCUCCUUCCCAUGCGCUCGGCACUUGACCAGCUGGCCAGCGCAUACGAGGCUGCCAGCCCAUUCGUGGCUCACGUUGCUGCGGUCGACCUUGAUGUGACCUCCGGAAAGAUUGUGAGCGACUACAAUGCCGCCGUGACCGUCGCGCAGGAGACUGGUGUUGGUCUGGUUGCGUCGUUCUCGGCGCACGAGGCACAACACAUGGCGCUGUUUGCGACGCUGGCGGCGACGGUGCUCCCCACCGUGCACAUCUAUGAUGGUGUUGCCGUCUCGCGCGAGAGCACAAAGGUCACGGAUGUGCUGGAGCAGAGCAGGCUGCAGAGCGUCUUUGACAGCAUCUUGGCCGAGCAAUCGGAGGUUGGGAAGAAGGUUGACCAGGCCGCGAAGGUCAAUGGCAUCCUGAAGAGCCUGAACGCCGAGCUUGGAACCGCAUACUCUAUGUUCGAGUACGAGGGCCACGAAGAGCCCGACGCCGUCCUCGUCGUUUUCGGAUCUGUCGAGAGCUCAUUGGCCACCCAGGUCGCCGCCGGACUUGCAAAGACCGGCGAGAAGGUCGGUGUUGUCGUCGUCCGCGUCUACCGCCCCUUCGCCGAGUCCUACUUCCUCGAGGCGCUCCCCAAGAGCGUCAAGCGCAUCGCCGUCCUCGGCCAGGUCAAUGACCAGACCGCCGUCAACGAUUCGACCGUUCAGAGCGCCCUCUGGACCGAUAUCGUCGCUGCCACCUCUAUGAGCGGCAUCUGGCAGCUCCCUCCCCCCACACUCGAUGUCAAGUACGCCCGCGAGACCGUCUGGUCGCCAAAGCAGUUUGCCUGGAUCUUUGACCAGAUUGUGCGCAAGAACAGCGUCUCCAUCGAGAUCCCGGAAGAGGCACUGACCUCCGAGGCCUCGACAAUCGACUCGUUCGAGCUCCUGUCUGAGGGCGCCGACGCAAAGCAGUACAUCUUCUGGGACCGCGACGACGCUGCCUCCACUCCCGCUGCAGCGGUGGUCGCAAAGCUCCUCGCCGAGGACGCUGCAAAGAUAAUUGCCUUCUCAGCCACUUACGACAACGGGCCCCUCGCUGGUGUCCUCCAGUCUGAGAUCAAGUCCUCCAAGCAGUCUGUCGAGGCAUCCUUCCACGUCGAGUCUGCGGACGUCGUGGUUGUCAACGACAUUGCCCUUCUCUCCAGCUUUGAUAUUACCGCGCGCACCAAGACCAAUGGCUCCAUCCUCCUCAAGUCCAACAUCAAGGACGAGGACCUCGAGAAGCUCCCUGCCGCAUUCAAGCGCGGUGUCGCUACAAAGAGCAUCAACGUCGUCAUCCUGAACAUCGACGAAGACGCAUCCGCCGCCGUCGAGAACGCCCUCGUCCAGCUCUCCUUCCUGAGUGUCGCCGGCCUCGACGCGCCCCUCGAGAAGCUCUCUGUUUCCAACCAGGACUCCGAGGCCGUCCACGCCGCCGCCGCGUCCCUCGCCACCGCCCUCCGCAAGGUCGAGGUACCCAAGGAAUGGGCUUCCGCCGUCUCCGAGACCGAAGUGGCUGCCCUGCCAACUCUUCCAUCCGCCACCUCUUUCACCGCCAACGACGAGAAGAACCCCACGGAGCCCAUCUUCCACCUCAAGUCCACCCAAUCCGCCGCGCAGACCCUCUCCUUCAAGGAGGCCUAUGGCGUACAGUCCGCGCUCCGCCCCGACCUUGGCAUGCGCAACUACGUCGUCAAGGUCAAAGAGAACAAGCGCCUCACUCCCGCCUACUACGACCGAAACAUCUUCCACAUCGAGUUCGACCUCACCGGCACGGGCAUGGAGUACGGCAUCGGCGAGGCGCUCGGUAUCCACGCGCAGAACAACGCCGCGAGUGUGGCCGAGUUCAUUGAGUUUUAUGGCCUCAACGCCGAGGACAUCGUCGAGGUGCCUUCCCGCGAGGACCCCGAGGUCCUUGAGGUCCGCACGGUGUUCCAGGCACUCGCGCAGAACGUGGAUAUCUUUGGGAAGCCGCCGAAGCGGUUCUAUGAGGCGCUGGCUGAGUAUGCGGUUGAUGAUGGCGAGCGAAAGGCGCUGCUGACGCUGGCGUCGGCCGAGGGUGCGACGGAGUUUAAGAGAAGGGCGGAGGUCGAUACAUGCACUUUCGCCGAUAUUUUGGAGGAGUUCCCAAGUGCUAGGCCCGAGUUCCAUGAUUUGGUCAAGAUUGUGAGCCCGAUGAAGAGGAGGGAGUAUUCCAUUGCUUCGUCUCAGCAGGUCCACCCCAACGAGGUUCACUUGUUGAUUGUGGUUGUCAACUGGACGGACCCCAAGGGUCGCGAGAGGUUCGGACAGGCGUCAAGGUGGCUCAGCCAGUUGUCGACCGGGUCCGAGGUGACUGUCAGUGUUAAGCCCAGUGUCAUGAAGCUUCCGCAGCUGUCUACUCAGCCCUUGAUCAUGGCCGGUCUCGGAACAGGUCUCGCCCCCUUCCGCGCCUUUGUGCAAUACCGCGCCUGGCAAAAGGCCCAAGGCAUCCCCAUCGGCUCCGUCCUGCUCUACAUGGGCUCUCGCCACCAGCGCGAAGAGUAUCUGUACGGUGAAGAAUGGCAGGCCUACCAAGCGGCCGGCAUCGUGACGCUCCUCGGCCGCGCCUUCUCUCGUGACCAGGCAGAGAAGAUCUACAUCCAGGACCGCAUGAGGCAGAGCCUGGACGACAUCAUCGAGGCGUACAUUAAGGAGGAGGGUGCCUUUUACCUCUGUGGGCCGACAUGGCCCGUGCCGGAUGUGACGGAGGUGUUGCAGGAGGCUAUUGUGGAGGGUGGAAGAAGGGAGGGGAAGAAGGUGGAUGCGGUCAAGAAGAUUGAUGAGUUGAAGGAUGUGGGGAGGUAUGUCCUGGAGGUGUACUAA